UUCUAAAAUGUCUAAAACGAUCUCGUAAUUCAUACGCACAAAUGUUAGGCAACUUUUAUUUUAAUGUCUUAAAAGUCCAGUGCAUUAAAGAGGAGAGACCUGUCGUGUGUCUGGAAAUCAGAAGAAUAGCAGCGGUAAAGAAGAGUGCGUUAAAUAUGAGGUCUCGAGUGAAUCUAAGAUGAAGUUUGUGACACCAGAACUCCUAUAUUAAGUCAACUAAACCUUAAGUCUUGUUUUUAGUUUAAAUUUUCAUUUUCAUUCAUUUUAAAUGUAAAGUUUUCUUUAAAAUAUUAAUCGUUUUUAUCUCACGCUUAGAAAUGUAUUAAAAAGUAUAUAUUUUCCAAAUACACAUUUGUUAAAUAUUUUUAAAAAUAUGUCCU